GGAGGGGGGUGGGGUGAAGAGGUAAAUUAAAGAGCUGCCAGAGAGAGACGGACAGAGAAAGAAACCGUUAAUUUCAGUUAGGGAGAAACGGGGCCGGUAAGCAACUGAGGAUAAUAGUAGUAGUACUCAUGAGCGAGAGAGGGACAACAAUGGCGGUUUCCGAUGAGGACAUAGCUCGAGCAUUGGAGUCUCUCUUCUGGGAACCAAACCCUAACCCAAACCCAACAUUCACCGGCAUUCUUCAGCAGCUUCAGUCCAAGCUUGGCGGAUAUGACCUCUCUCACAAAGUUGAUUUCAUUCGUGCUAACAUCCAAGACCUCUUCAAUCGCCACCACGCUCAGCCUCCUCUCCUCCAUCAAAAUCACCACUUUUCCCUCCAUUCCCAUCGCCCCAAUUUCCAAGCCUACCCUCCUGAUUCUGGUGUGUCCCAUCGUCCCCACGAUUACUCCUUCCGCCCACCCCCACCUUCACCCCAUCACCACCUGCCACAAUCGGUUUCCAAGUCUGAGCCUUUUCCCACUGCACAUGCCGCGGCGGCUCCUGCAGUGGCAGCUGCUUCUGAACCCCCAAAAGAGAGUGGUCAAAGUGGAAAGAAAAGAAGAGGUGGCCCUGGUGGAUUAAACAAACUCUGUGGUGUCUCUCCUGAGCUCCAAACCAUUGUUGGCCAGGCAACUUUGCCGAGAACUGAGAUAGUCAAGCAGCUGUGGGCAUACAUAAGGAAACAUAAUCUUCAAGAUCCAAAUAACAAAAGGAAGAUUAUCUGCAACGAUGAGCUGCGUUUGGUAUUUGAUACGGAUUGUACCGAUAUGUUCAAGAUGAAUAGACUGCUAGCUAAACAUAUAGUCACUCUCGAACCUUCAAAGCAGACUGCCCAGAACCCUAAAAGAGUAAAGACUGAGGUGGAAUCUGGUAGUAAAAGCGAGGAAGCUGCUCCAGUUGUGAUAAUAUCAGAAGCACUUGCAAACUUUUUGGGUACUUCAGAAAGGGAGAUGACACAAGCAGAGGUUUUGAGGCAGGUCUGGGAGUAUAUAAAGGUGAAUCAUCUUGAGGACCCUUUGAAUGCGAUGGUCAUACGGUGUGACGCAAAAUUGCAAGACCUUCUAGGAUGUGAAAGUAUUUCUGCACUUGGCAUACAGGAGAUGUUGGCAAGACAUCACCUUUUUAAGAAAUCGUGACCACUGAUCUGACUGGUUAACAUAGCGUAAUGGUGCUGAUGCUAACUUGUUUUGUCUUUAACAUGAUUUAGCCCAAUUCCUGGAGGAAAGUUCAGCUGCAUUCUCCUUCACUUGUUUAGGUUUUGUAAGUUUUGCUCGAAGGUAAAUUAUUGGUAGAAUUUGUUCUAUGGGUUAUUUGCAGAGUUCUAAUUUGUAGCUUAAUAUGCCUUUUGAAAUAGGAUUGGUGUUCAUAGGCAGUUACAGAAAUGUAAAUAUGAUUAUCAACCUGCCAUACUAUGUUUUGUUGGGUUGUACAUUUAAGAUGCUGCUGCUGCCUUGUUUAUGUUCUGUAUAUAUAUAAAAGCCUCAGUUUAUGCUUGCA